AAAACGCACGCAGCUUGCAGCGCCUGCGCCGGGUGCGCCAACUACGCAAAGACCAAGCAGGCUCCGUGCGGACCGGCCGCGGGGCUACGGACCCGGCUUUGGCCUUCAGGCUCCCUAGCAGCCGGGAAAAGGAAUUGCUGCCCGGAGUUUCUGCGGAGGUGGAGGGAUAUCAGGAAACCGCUUCUUCCUCACUUCGCCGCCUGCUGCUCUAGGGAGUGGGGAGGAGGAGGAGAAAGUGAAAUAUGCUGGAGAAGAGCGAGCCCUCCUUGUUCUUCCGGAGUCCCAUCCAUUAAGCCAUCACUUCUGGAAGAUUAAAGUUGUCGGACAUGGUGACAGCUGAGAAGAGAGGAGGAUUUCUUGCCAGGUGGAGAGUCUUCACCGUCUGUUGGGUGCAUGUGUGCGCCCGCAGCGGCGCGGGGCGCGUGGUUCUCCGCGUGGAGUCUCACCUGGGACCCGAGUGAAUGGCUCCCAGGGGCUGUGCGGGGCAUCCGCCUCCGCCUUCUCCACAGGCCUGGGUCUGUCCUGGAAAGAUGCUAGCAACGGGGGCGCUGGCAGGAUUCUGGAUCCUCUGCCUCCUCACUUAUGGUUACCUGUCCUGGGGCCAGGCCUUAGAAGAGGAAGAAGGGGCCUUACUAGCUCAAGCUGGAGAGAGACUAGAGCCCAGCACAACUUCCACCUCCCAGCCCCAUCUCAUUUUCAUCCUAGCGGAUGAUCAGGGAUUUAGAGAUGUGGGUUACCACGGAUCUGAGAUUAAAACACCCACUCUUGACAAGCUCGCUGCCGAAGGAGUUAAACUGGAGAACUACUAUGUCCAGCCUAUUUGCACACCAUCCAGGAGUCAGUUUAUUACUGGAAAGUAUCAGAUACACACCGGACUUCAACAUUCUAUCAUAAGACCUACCCAACCCAACUGUUUACCUCUGGACAAUGCCACCCUACCUCAGAAACUGAAGGAGGUUGGAUAUUCAACGCAUAUGGUCGGAAAAUGGCACUUGGGUUUUUACAGAAAAGAAUGCAUGCCCACCAGAAGAGGAUUUGAUACCUUUUUUGGUUCCCUUUUGGGAAGUGGGGAUUACUAUACACACUACAAAUGUGACAGUCCUGGGAUGUGUGGCUAUGACUUGUAUGAAAACGACAAUGCUGCCUGGGACUAUGACAAUGGCAUAUACUCCACACAGAUGUACACUCAGAGAGUACAGCAAAUCUUAGCUUCUCAUAACCCCACAAAGCCUAUAUUUUUAUAUAUUGCCUAUCAAGCUGUUCAUUCACCACUGCAAGCUCCUGGCAGGUAUUUUGAACACUACCGAUCCAUUAUCAACAUAAACAGGAGGAGAUAUGCUGCCAUGCUUUCCUGCUUAGAUGAAGCAAUCAACAACGUGACAUUGGCUCUAAAGACUUAUGGUUUCUAUAACAACAGCAUUAUCAUUUACUCUUCAGAUAAUGGUGGCCAGCCUACAGCAGGAGGGAGUAACUGGCCUCUCAGAGGUAGCAAAGGAACAUAUUGGGAAGGAGGGAUCCGGGCUGUAGGCUUUGUGCAUAGCCCACUUCUGAAAAACAAGGGAACAGUGUGUAAGGAACUUGUGCAUAUCACUGACUGGUACCCCACUCUGAUUUCACUGGCUGAAGGACAGAUUGAUGAGGACAUUCAACUAGAUGGCUAUGAUAUCUGGGAGACCAUAAGUGAGGGUCUUCGCUCACCCCGAGUAGAUAUUUUGCAUAACAUUGACCCCAUAUACACCAAGGCAAAAAAUGGCUCCUGGGCAGCAGGCUAUGGGAUCUGGAACACUGCAAUCCAGUCAGCCAUCAGAGUGCAGCACUGGAAAUUGCUUACAGGAAAUCCUGGCUACAGCGACUGGGUUCCCCCUCAGUCUUUCAGCAACCUGGGACCGAACCGGUGGCACAAUGAACGGAUUACCUUGUCAACUGGCAAAAGUGUAUGGCUUUUCAACAUCACAGCCGACCCAUAUGAGAGGGUGGACCUAUCUAACAGGUAUCCAGGAAUCGUGAAGAAGCUCCUACGGAGGCUCUCACAGUUCAACAAAACUGCAGUGCCGGUCAGGUAUCCCCCCAAAGACCCCAGAAGUAACCCUAGGCUCAACGGAGGGGUCUGGGGACCAUGGUAUAAAGAGGAAACCAAGAAAAAGAAGCCAAGCAAAAAUCAGGCUGAGAAAAAGCAAAAUAAAAGCAAAAUAAAGAAGAAGAAACAGCAGAAAGCAGUCUCAGGUUCAACUUGCCAUUCAGGUAAACCAGCAAAUUUGGCUCGAUAAUAUCGCUGGCCUAAAUGUCAGGCUUGUUUUCAUGCUGUGCCACUCCAGAGACUUCUGCCACCUGGCCGCCACACCGAAAACUGUCCUGCUCAGUGCCAAGGUGCUACUCUUGCAAGCCACACUUAGAGUGGAGAUGUUUAUUUCUCUUGCUCCUUUAGAAAACGUGGUGAGUCCUGAGUUCGACUGCUGUGCUUCAGUCAACUGACCAAACACUGCUUUAAAUUACAGGAGGAGAACAAUAAUCUACCAUCCGCAGGCAUGCUAAUUUGAUGGAAGUUACAGGGUAGCAUGAUUAAAACUACCUUUGAUAAAUUAUAGUCAAAGACUGUGUCACCUCAAAGGCCUUGAAGAAUAUAUUUUCUUGGUGAAUUUUUGUAUGUCUGUCAUAUGACACUUGGGUUUUUUAAUUAAUUCUAUUUUAUAUAUAUAUAUAUGUUUCUUUUCCUGUGAAAAGCUGUUUUUCUCACAUGUGAACAGCUUGCACCUCAUUUUAUGAUGCAUGAGGGAAUGGCAAAUAAGAAUGUUUGAGCACACUGCCCACAAUGAAUGUAACUAUUUUCUAAACACUUUAAUAGAAGAACAUUUCAGUAUAAAAAACCUAAUUUAUUUUUACAGAAAAAUAUUAUUGUUUUCAUAAAGUUAUGCAAGUGACUUUAUUUUAUUUUUAUUUCCUGCAUACCAUUAGAAGAAUUUUAUUUCAUUUCUUCAAAUUACAAAGCACUGUAAUACUAUAAAUUACUGUAAUACUGUGUGAAUUCAUAGACUAUAAAAAACAUCAGAAAACAUUAUAAUCAUCAUUGUUCAACCAAGAUUUUGAAUGUAAUAAGAUGAAUAUAUUCCUUACAAAUUACUUGGAAAUUCGAUGUUUGCGCAGAGUUAAGACAACUUUAUUGUUUCUAUCAUAAACUAUUUAUGUAUCUUAAUUAUUAAAAUGAUUUACUUUAUGGCACUAGAAAAUUUACUGUGGCUUUUCUGAUCUAACUUCUAGCUAAAAUUGUAUCAUUCGUCCUAAAAAAUAAAAAUCUUUACUAACAGGCAA